CUCUCUCUCGCGACUCGCGCUCUCUCUCUCUUUCUCUCGUACUGUGCAAAGUCCUCUGUUGCAGUCUCCAAUAAUGGCGUUUUUUAAGCUACUUUUGUUUCUUUUUCUCGUAACGCUCCAAAUUGCUUCAUUCACUGGAAAUGGAGAAGCUUCUUCUUCUUCCUCAGAGAACAAUGGCUGCAAUGGAGAUCAAAACCAUUUGCUUAACGAACUCAAAUCCACCGUCUCUGCUCUUCAAUCAAUCAUCAAGGAGAAAAACCAAGAAUUGCUUAGCAAGGAAGAGAAAAUCCGAGGUUUGGAGUUAUAUAUCAGGGAGAAACCUUAUUUGUUUGAGAGUGAAAUUGAUUUUUCUCAAUUUGAGAAUCCGGUAAAGCAUGCGAGUGAAGUAGAAGAGAAGGUUUAUGAACUACAGAAACAGGUAUUUGGAUUAAAACGGGAAGUGGAAACGCAACGCAAGAGAAGGCUCGAAGUGGAAGCUGAAUUAGCAGAUAAGAAAGUUGCACAACUUAGCUCAAAGCUUGAAAAUAUCGAUGGGUGGUUCUUGUCUAAACUUGGUCUUAACCCGACUGAAAGUCAGGCAUAUCUGAUGACCCUAUGGCAUCAACAUCUUAGCCCAACUCUUCAUACCACUCUUCAAAUGGUGUCGAUGAAAAUUGAGCAAGUCCAGAAAUGGUCAGAGCCUCACAUUGAAACACUGAACUCACAAUGGAUUCCAAGCAUCAAAGAUGCAUGUGUCACAAUAACCAUAUAUCUCGAACCAAAAGUUCAAUAUAUAACCGAUAAGUCCAUCGAGUUGUUAUAUACAUCUAAGCAGGCUUUGACACCACAUCUCAUCCAAGGAUUUGACGCUUCAUACUACUAUCUUGAGGUGAUCAGAACACAUACACAUCCGUACACGACCCGGAUUAUGACCUUAACGAAGCCACACUUGGAGAGAGUACAAGUUGCCUUAGAGCCAUAUACUGAAAACGUAAGACAUGGCUUUCAGAAGUUGGUUAACUCAACCAAAAUCUACCAUCAACAGGCUCAAGAAAUGCUGAAGAACAAUGAGAUCACCAAACCGGUUGCUACCAUGGACUUAGCUUGGGUUGGGGCCACAGCUUUAAUUGGAUUCCCUCUUAUAUUCAUCAUCAAAUUGCUUUCUGCAGUCUCCAAUCCUAAGGGGAAGAAGAGACACAACCAUAAAAAAGAACCAACCACCGGGUACCGCAGAGCCAAACGCCGACAUCCUCACCAAUGAUACAAUAGGACUAUAACUUGAAGAGAUCAAAAAGGUGGUUUGUAUAUACCUUUCUGGUUUCUGAGACUUAUAAUAGUUAAAUAUCUAUUGGCUGAAGAAGUUGAAGCAGAGGUGUUCUACAAAACUAUAGGUCUCUCUUGACUCUCUGUAGUGACAAAAUCUUAGAACAAUCUUUUUCAGUUUUCAUAGUUUAUGGUUUUUUAUAAAGUAGAGAAGAGAAGAAAAGAAAAGAGUUGUAAAUCUUCUCACAUUGAUACAGAUGUGAUUGGGAAAUUUUAGUUUGCCAUGUUAAUGUAACCAGGCCCAGCCCAAUUGUGUUGGGUACAAGUUGAAACUAAAAAGCCUUAAUAUUUCAGAUUUUUUUUUUCGGACAAACAUACAACUUCAGAUUAAAAUAUCUUUAUCUAUAUUUUAAAAGA